AUGACCUCUAGCGUACCACGGAAGGGAAGUGCAGAAAGGUCAAUUCCCCAUACCCGUAUAGAAAAUGAUGAAGCGCUGCAAGAAUCGUAUGUUAUUGGACGGAAACUAGGACAGGGAAGUUUUGGUAAAGUUUAUUUCGCUACCAGUAAAAAGACGGGAAAGAACUGGGCAAUUAAAAGUGUUAACAAGGAAAAGGCUGGAAGUACUGGACUAAAGUUAUUAGAGCAAGAAGUGUGUAUAUUGAAAAGAGUAAAACAUCCCAAUAUAAUAGCCUUAAAUGAAGUUAUAGAGUCCAACAAGCGUAUGUAUUUAGUAACUGCUGUGUGUGAAAAUGGAGAAUUAAAUGAGGUUUUAGAAAAACGACAAUUUACAGAAUCUGAAUGUAAAAUUAUCAUGACAAAAUUAGCUAGUGCAAUCUCUUAUUUACAUAAACAUGAUAUAGUGCAUAGAGAUUUAAAAUUAGAAAAUAUUUUAUUAAGUGAAAAUCCUGAAGACCCUAACGACCAUCUACAUAUACAGGUGACUGAUUUUGGGUUGUCUGUGGUAAAAGAUGGUGUUGGACAUGAUAAUAUGAUGCAGGAUGUCUGUGGUACUCCUAUUUAUAUGUCACCAGAAAUAAUUGACAAUAAAACAUACAGUCAGAUGUGUGAUGUAUGGGCAAUGGGAGUUAUUAUGUAUAUGUUGUAA